UAUGGUUAAAGUCUGGUGACUAUGCAGUUCCCCACCCCCGCCGCCUCUCUCUCUCUGUGUGCUCGCUGUUGCUGAGCGUGCAGUUAGUUGAACGUGUGUGUUGCUAGAAGCAUUUUCUUUCCUGUUCGAGAAGUUUCCGUCAAUGUGCGAGCCCAGGGCUGAGAACCCACCCCCUGCACCGUGAGGGGGCUGUUCACCGUCUUUGGAAGAUUAAAGCAAAGCAGCAAUGGGUCUACACGUGGCAAGCUGGGAGAACGCCCAGGGCGGUUUGUAGGAGGGCCUGGCUCCGAGCACUGAGUCCAGGAGAGCGCACAGACAUUGCAGAGUCGCCGUGUGGGCUGGCCCAGCAGUGAUCGGUGGAGUGUGAAGGUUCGGGAGAUGGACAUGGAGGCAACAACACCCAUGAUGGAAGCAGCUCCCAAAGGCCUGCUGGGCUCCAAGCAUCGCAUCUCCACGGUGACGUCCCCUCUCAGGGCAGCCUGUCGGAUUCGCCACAAGUACCUUGUCAUGAAGAGGAGGCGAGUGAGCAUGGAACAGAGUGAGGCUGCAGGCGAUGAAGGGCCAGGGGGCAGGGCGCCUACCCGGUACCUGCCGACCAAAGGCCAGGACCUGCUGGAUCGAGCCUUCAAGCACAGAGCCAAAUCGGCCGAACAUUUCACUUUCGAGAAACUGCCGGUCAAAACCAUGAAGAGGAAGCGCUCCAACAAGAAACGCAAAGUACUGUAUCCAAGCGACACCAGGAAGUACCUGCCUGAGGAGAAGAAAAGCAAGGCCAAGAACUGCCUGUUCCUGCUGAGCCUCAUCGUUUUCUUCCAGAUAUACAACGCCAUUGAGAACCUGGAUGAUAACGUCCUGAAGUAUGACUUGGCAGGGCUGGAGAAGACACUCAAGAGGGAUGUCUUUGGUCAGACCGAAGCAAUCAACACCCUGAUGGAGUUGCUGAGGGACUACCUGGCCACUCACAUUCACAACAAGCCACUGGUGCUGUCCUUCAAUGGGCCCAGUGGGGUUGGGAAGAGCCUGGUUGGGAGACUGCUGGCGAAGCAUUUCCGCUCUGUACUGAGCAACGAGCUGGUGUUACAGUAUUUCGUCCUGCACCACUGCCCAGAUCAGGACAAUGGCACCAGUUGCCUGCAGGAGUUGGCGGGGCGCAUUGCCAACAUGGUCAGCCAGGCAGAGGAAGAGGAGAAGAUCCCUCUGCUCAUCUUCGACGAGGUGGAGUUCAUGCGGCCGGCCUUGUUGGAUUUUCUCCAGGCCUACUUGCAGCCUCACCAGCCCAACGAGUUCCUGAACGCGGUCUAUGUCUUAAUCAGCAACUAUGGGCAGGGCGAAAUCACCAGGUUUGUGCUCCAGAAUGCCUCCAGCGGCCUGGCCAGGGAGCUGACCAGGUUGGAAGAGCUGCUGUUCAAUGUGCAGUCAUCAUUGAGCCAGUUCCACCCAAUCUGGAACCACGCCGAAAUCAUCCCGUUCACUCUCCUGGAGAGGAUUCACAUUGAGGGCUGCUUCCUGGAGGCGAUGAUGAGGGAGGGACACUACCCAGACACCACUCAGCUCAAUGACCUCUCCAGGGAGUUGAACUAUUACUCAGCCGGGAGCCGCCAGUAUUCCAUUCAUGGCUGCAAGUACGUUGGCUCCAGAGUGAGCUUGCUGCAUUGAGACCCCGCGCACCCAUACUGUGUGCCAAGCUGACAGCGCCAACAGCUUGGCAUCUCCCAGGUUUGGCAGGGUCCACUGGGUACCCACCCCCAGGUCCCGGGGUGGGGCGGGGUCGGGGGGAAGUAGGGGGAAGGAGGCAGACACGCUAUUCCAUUGAGAAUUUCAGGAGAGACAGAGCAAGAAGUGUGGAGGGGAAGGCGGUCUGCCAUUGUUGGCUGUCUCAGUCUGUACUCAGCAGUGAGGAUGACCAGCCCUGGCCACUGGUCGUGGGAGGGUCACUGAAUAAUAUGGACCAAGAGUGGUCAAUGUGGCAGUGAAGUGAGUAAGAGAGGGAGAGAUGGCAAUUCCAAACAGGCACCUCCUCACCUGGGCAUUCCCUCAUUUUGGUCACUCCCUCGCCGUGGUCACUGCCUCACUGCGAUCACUCCCUCACCCAGUCACUCCCUUGGUGUGUUCAAUGCCUGCACUGGUCAGCUCUGUACCUCAGGAUCUGUGUCGAAUUGGUCUUGGCCUGUUGUGGUCAGUCAGGGAUCAGGUUACUCACAAUGAAAUGAGUCGUACAGUCAUAGCCACAGCAUUAAACCUAACAUCAAACAGCCCUGUUUCCUCCUGUCUCCUCUCCCCGUCUCUCUCUCUCUCAGGUCCAUUGAGCAGUUUGUGCUGAGGGAAAUCCUUGUGCCAGUGACGGGGGUGUGGACAUUCCUGUAAUAUCUUUCUGUUGAUGACUCUGAUUGUCUUUCUGACCUGGACCUCCACACUGACGGUCAUUGACAAUCAGUGUUUGUACAAAUUCAAUCCAUCGCCAUCACAAUCAACCAUCAAUCUCUCCCCCACCGUUAGAAAUAAGACAGGGACGGCCAGUGGGGAGCGGAAUCACAGAAGGGUCUUGGGGACUGUCCAGUCACCUUUUAGGUCACAGUUUCGUCAGUUCAGCCUGAAUGAAUGUGGCUUCAUUGUGCUGUGGAUCUCUGUCACUGUUUAUUCACAUUGGGCAUGGCAGUGGGGUGUGACACUGGGAAUAGACUCUGGGGGAGACUGAGGGAGUGACA